AAUGAGCAAAUUCGUGAUCUUCUUGCAGACGAUCCUUUGCUUACAAAAUUGGAAAUUAGAAGCUGCAUGAACGAAAACGGUCUACCUCUACCUGAUGCUAGCGUGCAUCCAGUGAAUUGCGCUAGAGAUGUUAUACAUCUGAUGAAACUUGGUGACGUGAACCGUGCUGUUGGCUCUACUUCCAUGAACAACUGCAGUAGUCGCUCACACAGUGUGCUUACUCUACACGUGCAUGGUGAAGAUACAUCUGGAAACAUAAUCCAUAGUUUCCUACAUUUGGUGGAUCUUGUUGGUAGUGAACGAGUUGACAAGUCGGAAGUUACUGGCGACGGCCUCAAAGAAGCACAACAUAUUAACAAGUCUCUCUCUUGCUUGGGUGAUGUGAUCACAGCAUUGGCACAGAAGAAUUCCCACAUCCCCUAUAGAAACAGCAAACUCACCUUACUCUUGCAGAACUCUUUAGGUGGACAUGAGCAAACAUCAACGUUUUCGCAUUUACUGUUCACAUCGUUGCAGAUCGAGACCCUCAAAAAGGCGUUGGCUAACAAGGAAGCACUAACUCCUCAAACUAACAAUCCAAAGGAAGCAUCAAGGACACCUUUCCAGAAGCCUAAAGCAACAGCUGAGCUUCAGGAAGGAUAUGAUGUCACAAAAUUGUAUGAUCAAGGGGGUAAUGAUAGUUUCAUGAAGACUCCUCCGAGUUCACCUUUUGCUUUUAGAAGCCAGGAUACUCCUCAAACUCCAGCUUCUGGUCUCAAAUACCAGCAAGCUCCUCGGAGUGCAACUUUUGGUUUUAAAAGCCAACAGCCUCCUCGGAGUCCAACUAUUGGUUUCAAAAGCCAGCAGCAUCCUUGGAGUCCAACUUCUGGUUUCAAAAGCAAGCAUGCUCCUCGGAGUCCAACUUCCACCUAUAAAAGUCAGUAUCUUCCUCGAAGUCUAACUACUGGUUUCAAAAGCCAGCAGGCACCUCGGAGUCUAACUUCCGCUUUGAAGAGCUGCAAUGUACCUAGGAGUCCAACAAGUGCUGCCAUCGAAAGCCAGGUUGUGAAAACAACAGAUAACAGAACAAGGAUUCCUUCUCUUCAACUACCCAAGACACUCGAGCCACUGAUAACCUCUAUAAGUGAGAACAAGGCAGGAAUGCAAAGUAACCGUACCAUUUAAUCUGAAUUCUAGAAGCCUUUGACUAGCAGUACUCAUGGAAAAGGAUCUCAAAUACGAAGAUCACUUCGGACUAUUGGGAAAUUGAUUAAUGGUUCUGAUAGAAAGUAUAAAAGGACUGAAGCAGCAGCCCCAUUAUCGCCUUUUAGUUGCCAAAAUGAGGAGAAGUCGUCAAGGGCAUCUAAUGCAAGGACACUGAGAAGACUAUCCUUAACUGGCAUCCCACUACCAACCAUGUCGAGAAGAUCUUCACUUGGAGGAGGGAGUGUGCCGGAUUCUUGUGCAAAUGAAAGUAGAAAUUGCAAAACUCCAGGCGCGUCAGCCAAGUUAACAAAGAGGUGGCUAUGAGGAAACAACACUAAGUAGUUAACACCAAGAAGCUGAUACAUGAAAUAAAGAUUGAAAGACAUAAAUAGCUAGAAAGGGAGAUUAAAAGAAGUCAGUCCACCUCAGCAACCAGUUCAAGAAAGUAGUUAU